UGAGCCUGCAGAAAAAUUGGUCUGUAGAUUUAUAUAGUCUGGAGAACAUUAAUUUGUGGUGUGGUGACUGAGUACUAUAAGGUAAACUAUAAUAAUGACUAAGAAAGAAUUCAAAUGGAGCGAUCAAUACUUCAAUGAUUUUGUCGAAACGACUACAAUCAAUGGAGUUUUUCAUAUUUUCAGGGGGCGAUCAAAAACUAGACGCCUCUUGUGGGGGUUGCUAUUCUUAAUUUCAUUCGUCUCAUGCACUAUCGUAUUAGGCUUCAGUUUUAAGCGAUACUCUGAGAAACCCACUGUAUCUGCAAUCAAUGUUAUCUCAGAAGAGAACGGGAUGCCUUUUCCAUCUGUUACCGUGUGCAAUCGGAAUUUUUAUAAAUAUCCCAACAUUAGUAAUGAGACAGACACUCUCAUUCACCAUCUCUUCCAUUCAAGUGGUUUUUUACAAAACAUAAAUCGCACGCAGGAAUGUAAAAUAGAUGAGGAUACACCUGACUUUAAAUUGCAAGAUUUGUUGAUACCAAAAGAGAACAACUUCAUUUAUUAUUGUGCCCUCAGUUAUCAAGCUGAAAGUGAAGUCAUGUUGUGCAAGGAUAUGUUCUUUCCUACAUUAACUCCAGCAGGUAUCUGCUACACAUUUAAUGGCGUUAGAAGCAAAACAAGAGCUCUGAACAUGACAACAACUGGCAAAAGGUAUGGCCUGAGACUAAUACUGAACAUUGAACAAGAAACGCAUCUGGCAUUUGAUGGAGUUGCUGGAGUUCAAGUGAUUGUUCAUGAAUCAAAUGACAUUCCUCGUCCAAAUCUGCAUGGUAUUGGUGUACCACCUGGUCAGAAUGUUGAUAUUGGGGUGAAAAGGGCAAUUUCAUCUGACGAAACUGAUCAAGAUGCAUGCAUCGAAAAUAAUGAAAAAGAUCUCCCUUUUUUACCAGGUGUUGUGUAUUCUCAGUAUGCCUGUCGACAGAAUGAGCUCUAUGAAAGCUUGGCAGAUAAAAACUUGUGCAAUUGCAUUAUUGAUCCAUUUGAAUUAGACAAUGCUACUUGCUUCCUCCAUGACCUCUGCUGUUUACAGCAACAAUUCACUGAGCAUGAUCGUAACAGUAGCUGUAGGCCACCAUGCAAGUAUACCUAUUUUGACAUAAUUAAUAGCUACUCCAGUUUUCCCGAAGGACACGCUCUUACAGAAAUUAAAAACUCAAUCAACACCUCUGAUGAUUAUGUCAAGAAAAAUUUUCUCUCUGUCAGUGUCUUUUUGCAAGCUCUAGAAACAAGAGAAACAACAACACGAUAUUCAUAUGGGGUAGUUGAACUAUUAGGAGAAUUAGGCGGAAAUCUUGGAUUGUUUCUUGGCAUCAGCAUUAUAUCAGUCAUGGAAUUAUUGGUUCUGGUUGUUGAUGAGCUUAAAAAGUGUGUCUGUCCCAAGAAAGUCAAACAAAAGUUUAAAAAGUUUGAUGAAAAGCUUAAAUGCAUUCCCGAUUGUGUUGAGCAAGAGGAAAAAAAUGAAAUACAGGCUCUGACUAACUUCUGACACAAUGAUUAAUAAUAAUAAUAAGUGCUGAACUUAAUAAAACUGCAUAAUUUUAUAUUCUCUGUGUCGUCCUUUGCUGAUUUUUAGAUUAGCUAGAUUAUAAUAGAUUUAUUAAUUAUUAGACUAAGUACCUACCUGAUGACGCAUGAUCAUGAGUUACUAUUCAGGCAUAUGAGCUGUAGAUACAUACCAGUACUUGUUAAAUACUGAUACUUGUCCAGUUGUUUUGGGAGUUAAGUUAAACCAGGUAAGAUUUACAGCUGUAUAAUAUCUUUAGCAUGUUUUCUGCAUAAAUUAUUUUAUAUAAACCUAAACCUAAAUAGAUAAUUAAAAUUUGCUCGAUUUUGUAGAUGGUAGUAAGUAAGUCUAUCUGUUGUAUAAAAGAGAAGAUUGAUCAGUUGUAGUAUAGAGUGAUGGAGCUAAAACCACAGUUAGAAGGAAGAAGGGUAACUAGUGCUGUAAUGAUUAGAGAUGGGGUCAAGCACUUGGUGCUUGUACUUAAGCACAAAUGAGCACAGCUUUCAAAGUGCUUAGUGCUGCUUGGCAAUAUAAUUUAUGUGUACUUUAUUGCUUUUACAAAUUUACAAAAGUGCUUUUAAGCACAGCAAGAAUAA